UCCUCGUCUGCCCCGUCGGCUGGCCUCUACGCACGUAGUAGGAAUACCGAAUAUCACUGACGUGUCCCCGUGCGAGGAUCGUCUACGUACGUGCGUGCAAUUCGUCGGCAGCUCGCCCCGCGCGCUUCGCUUUGCCUCGCCUCGCCUAGCGAAUCGAAGAAUUAGCCGGGCAAUACCGCCAGUCAUUGGGCUGUACUGCGAGCGAACGUGACAUCCCGUGUGCGUGUGCGACGCGUCGAUCGUCCUAGAGAGGUGAAGAGGAGAGAGCCAACCACCUCCGUAUCGAGGCCCCUGUUAAGCGAAGCAGCAAAAUCAUGGCAUCGUCAACGAUCCCGAAUCUGAACGCCUUCUUUAACUCGUUCAGUACUACGCUAAAUUCGCCAGUCAAGCAACACUUGAAGAAUGUUUACGGCUGCCUGUCCCUGUCCACCGUGUCGGCAGCCGCUGGAGCUUACGUGCACAUGUACACGCAGCUCCUGCAGGCUAAUCUGCUGACGACCAUCGGCACCAUGGGCCUCCUCAUCGCGCUGAUGUCCACACCUUACGAUGGCAAGAAUCAGAAGCUACGUCUCGGCUACCUCCUGGGAUUCACAUUUCUGUCCGGUCUCGGUUUGGGGCCUCUGCUCGAAUUGGUGGUCAGCAUAGAUCCGAGUAUCGUGAUGACAGCGCUAGUCGGUACGACGGUCAUCUUUGUUUCCUUCAGCCUUUCCGCGCUCUUGGCUCCACGUGGCCGUUGGCUGUACCUCGGCGGCAUUUUGAUGAGCAUGCUGAACAUCAUGCUUAUAUCCUCCUUCGUUAAUCUAUUCUUGCGCUCAUUCUUCAUCAUGCAGGCGCACUUGUAUCUGGGAUUCUUUUUAAUGUGCGGCUUCGUUAUUUACGACACGCAACUGAUCAUCGAGAAGUAUCACAUGGGCAGCAGGGAUUUUAUCAUGCACUCCUUGGACUUAUUCAUCGACUUUGUGAGCGUUUUCCGACACCUCCUUGUGAUACUUACACAAAAGGAAUUGUCCAAGGACUCGCGCAAGCGUAAAGAUUGAGCGAAGAAAAAAAACAAGACGGGUGAAUGGCGGUGCAUUCAAGUAAAUCCAUAAAACUAGAGGUCUUCAUGUAAUCUAUCCAUACCUAGGUAUCUCUGUGUACAUAUACAUACCGGAAAAAUUAUAUAAAUAUUACUGAUAUACACCACGUCAUACGUAUGCAUAACAUCUCUUUAGCGAACGCGAUUACGAGACUAUAUAUUUACUAUAUUGAAAAAAAAGAGGAAAAUAUUAAAUACAGUUCGUUUACUACAAAA